AUUUGUGGUGUAGUUAAAUGAGACAUCACUGCAUUCGUGUGUUAGCGUUCUCCGCUCGCAUCUCCACUCGCAUCAAGAGUGCCGCUACCGGACACGAAGAAGAACGACAAUAAAGUUGAUGACUUUGGUGAGGAAAUUUGACUGUUCGCGAUUUAGAAACCAAGACGGAUCCGUGAGUGGACGAGGGGUAAACCUGAACGGACUCUAUGCCAGGACCCCCGAACCACAUCGAGAGCUAGCGAAGAUGGAAGGGGAGAGCGAGCCGGCGGCGGCCGCAGCGGUCUUCUCGGCAGUGCUCGACGAUGACGAUCUCCUGGGCGAGAUCCUCGCCCGCGUCGCCUUCCCCACAAGCUUCGUCCGCGCCGCGCUCGUCUGCAAGCGCUGGCUCCGCCUCGCCUCCGCGCCCGCCUUCCUCCGUCGCUUCGGCGACCUCCACCCGCCCAGCCUUCUCGGCUUCUACGUCGUCACCAGGGCCCAUGCAUCCGCCGAGAAGCAAUCCCCGCAGUUCGUGCCGGUGCCUCAGCCGCCUGAGCUCGCCGCCGUUGCCCGCCGCGCUAGCUUCAAUUUGGACUCCUUGCGCGGCGACUGGUUGCGCAGCGAGUGGUUCGACCUAGACUGCCGGAACGGCCUCGUCCACGUCUUCCAUGGGCACGGGCACCCCGAAGUAAUGGUGCGCAGCCCCUUGUGCCCUGCAACAUACACGGCCGUCCUCCCACCAGUUCCCAGCACCAGCAUCCAUGACGGCUUCACAUACUACUACCAUGAUAUCCUCGCCAAUGGCGGCGGCCAGUCCUACUUCUGUUUGGCGCUAGGGUCUAAAGAGCAGCAGCCAGUUUGGGAUGUCUAUGUGUUGCAGGGCGAUACCUGGGCCAUCUACUCCUCGGUUGUACCUGAAAUCCAAGAAAUUGCGCUGGCAUUGAAUAGUUUGAUUUCUCAUGACAAGAUGUAUAAUCUGGCCCUUGUGAGCGGCACUUUCAUGCUAGUCUUGCUGGAUCUCCCGUCGUCAUCUUUGUCGCUGGUUAGCCUCCCGGAAGAGGUGGAGUAUAAGAGCACCGGCAUGUCGCUUGCAAAUGAUGAUUCUGGAGUCCAUCUGAUCCAUGUAAAAGGAUCCCAUCUUCGCAUCUGGCUUUACGACAUGACGGAUAAGAAAGGCCUCGCCGACUGGUUACUUGUAGAUACCAUUUGCUUGCGUGAGAUAUGUGUCCAUCAAAUGAUAUCAACUAGAAUGUUUGACGAUGUGGGUGAUCCUUCUCUUAUGGUACGUGAAGUUGGGGUCGAUUCAGGGUUUCUUUUCUUGGAGGCGGAUGGUGUCCUCUACCUGUUUGAUAUCAAACGUAAGGAGUUAAAGAAGGUUUAUGAGGUCACACAAGAGGAUAGAUACUUGUAUGGAGUCACACCCUUUAUGAUGGUUUGGCCUCCUAAAUUCCCUGUGAUGAAGGAAGGGUGUGAUCCAAAAGAAUGACCCUAUGCAAGGUUUUGUCUCUUGUUGGUCCGUCUGGUGCUUUGUUUUUCUACCUAGUUCCCAUUGUGCUAAUAUUUGAUCUCAUUUACGAUGUUUACCAUGUA